AUGACGGAGGUGGUAAAGAAAGAAGUGCUGAAAGUGUUAGAUGCUAACAUCAUCUAUCCUAUCACCAACAUGUCACACAGCCCUUGGUUUGAUGAUAUUGUGAGCUACCUCAUCAUUGAACGAACGCUAGAACAUGGGGUAACUCAGGAUAUGUGUAAGUUCUUUGCAGAGAUCAAGAUCAUACUUGAGAAGACGGUUUUUCCUAAUCGAAAAGAUUGGUUAGAGAAACUGAUUAAUUUUUUACUUGACAAUGCCAAAGGUUUGAGAAAGUUGCAGGUGUGUGAGCUUAAAGAAUCCAAGAGGGAAGUUUAUGACAAGGCUUACUUAGCGACGAAGCAAAUGAAGCUACUGCAUGACAAUAAAAUCAAGGAUAAACAACUUUUCCCGAAUCAACAAGUUCUUUUUUAUGACUCUAGAUUACAUCUGUUUCCUGGGAAGCUAAAGUCCCGAUGGGGUGACUCGUACAUCUUUAAACAUGUUCAUCCUCACAGUGCAGUAGAAAUUGUGGAUCCAAAGAAUGAUAACGACUUCACGGUCAAUGGACAGUGGCUUAAGCCUUUCUUGACUUCCUUUGAUCCAAAUGAAGAUGUCUUGCUUCUGCAAGACCCUAGGGGACUUUAA